AUGAGUGAAGAACAACAAGCUCAACCACAACUUGCUUUAGAACUACCUGGGGCUCAAGUUUUUACCAAAGAAUGGCAACCUGAAUUAAACAUCAACUUGUCUUCUGCUGCUGAAAAAGUGGAUGCAACCCACUUUGAAGUGUCUUUAAAAGUUGUUGUUCAAGCGAACAAUGCAGGCGAUACAGCAUUUAUCGUCGAUGUAACACAAUCAGGUAUUUUCUUGAUUGAUGGUAUUGAAGAAGACCGUCUUCCAUACAUCUUAGGUGCUUACUGCCCGAACAUUUUGUUCCCAUUCUUGCGUGAAGCAGUUAAUGAUCUUGUAACGAAAGGUAGCUUCCCUCAAUUACUUCUUACACCAAUCAAUUUUGAUGCAGAGUUUGAAGCAAAUAUGGAACGUGCCCAAGGCGCUGCUGCUGAAGGCCAAGCUUAA